UUUUGAUAACCUAAAAUUUUAUUAUGAUUUUGAAAAGUCCGGCUACCAGAGGCAUAAAGUUUUUGCAAAAAUUUAAUUAUCAUUUAGUAAAUAACAACUUUAAAUACAACAAAAUAAUGGGUCCACUUGAAAGUGCAAAAAAAAUCGCAGCUUAUAAAGCUGUCGAUGAGUAUGUAAAGAAUAACAGCAUUAUUGGCAUAGGCAGUGGUUCUACUGUAAUUUAUGCUGUACACAGAAUUGCUGAGAGAAUUAAAGCAGAAGACUUGCAUGUUGUUUGUAUACCAACGUCUUUUCAAGCCAGACAGUUAAUAAUACGUAAUCAUCUAACAUUGGGUGAUCUCGAGACACAUCCAAAAUUGGACUGUGUUAUUGAUGGAGCUGAUGAAGUUGAUGCAGAUUUGACUUUAAUUAAAGGUGGAGGAGGUUGUUUAUUACAAGAAAAAAUUGUUGCUUCUUGUACUGAUGAACUGAUAAUUAUUGCUGAUUAUACAAAGAAUUCUGAUAGAUUGGGACAACAGUAUAAGAAAGGGAUUCCUAUAGAAGUUAUUCCUAUGGCAUAUGUUCCAAUUAAAAAAAAAAUUGAGGAAAAUUAUGGUGGAGUGGCAAAAGUUAGAAUGGCUGUAGCGAAAGCAGGUCCUGUGGUGACUGAUAAUGGAAACUUCAUCCUUGAUUGGCACUUUCCAUUUGAACUAGAAAAAUCAUGGGAAAAAGUGAAUACUGAAAUAAUUUCAAUGCCUGGUGUAGUAGAGAUUGGGCUUUUUGUAAAUAUGGCUAAGAAAGCAUAUUUUGGCAUGGCUGAUGGUGGUGUCAAAGAACAAACUUUGAACCAAUAGAAUUGGGGUUACUAAUGUACAUAAGACGGAGUGAAUCAACUUACCAUGUGUUUAUACCAUCAAAACUAUAUUUUUUUAUAAAAGUUCAUUUCUAUUUUAUAUUUGCUCAAAUGUGAAUCAUAUAGAUCUUCAUUUUGGUACUUAUUUUUAAUUUUCAAUUAUUUAAUUUAUGACUCAAGCAUAUUUCAAGGUACAACGAAGAAAUUAUUUUACCUCAACUACUUGAUAGAAUUUUUUUACAUUGUAACUGAUUGCAAAUAAAUGAUUUUACUUAUAUCUCA